CCGUCCCUCGUGCCGAAUGGUUCAGUCUAAAGAUGGCGGCCUCCAUCCUGCAGCGCUGUCAGUUUCCCUUACAAACCUUUUCCAAAUGUGUUAAUUACAGAUUAAUGGUCCGGAGAUGUUUGCUGUCAUCGGCGUACACUGACACGGCAUUAUGGGAGCAGAGACAGAAGGACCCGCAGGACCUCGGACAGCUGGCCUCUGUGAUGAACAGGACGUAUGAGAGGAAGUUUCCCGUCAGCUCAUUGGUCAUCGGCAGGUUCAUAGACACUUUAUCAUCGAGAGAAGAAGUCGACAAAGCGGAAUAUUACUUAUAUAAGUUUCGUCACAGUCCGAACUGCUGGUAUCUGCGGGACUGGAGCGUUCACAGCUGGUUCCGGCAGUGUCUGAAGCACGGAGCCCGAGAUAAAGCCCUGUACACACUCAAGAACAAGGUUCAGUUCGGCAUGUUUCCUGACGACUUCACCUUUAAUCUUCUGAUCGACUCCUUUAUAAAGGACUCCGACUUCAAGGGAGCGUGUUCAGUGGUGGAGGAGGUGAUGCUGCAGGAGGCGUUCGAGCGGACCUCCACACAGAUGCUGUCGCUCUACGCUCUCAGCAAAUAUCUGGCAACCAAACCUGAACUCAGCUGGCAGGAGGAGAGGAUCAUGGGAGCGUCUCUGAUGUUGGUCGGACUGAAGCAGGAAAACUCUGUCGGCUUCAGCGCUCGGAUCCUGGGACUCGCUCUCAUCGGUAAAGUGGAGCUGUCCCGAGGAAUCCACGCGGUGUUCCACCAGAUGCCCCUGAUGUGGACCCCGGGUUAUCUGGGACGGGCCCUCGCCGUCAUGGACACUGUGUGCCGCCACUUCACACACGUCAGGCUAUCGGAGGAAGUCCUGGAGUGUGUGGAGAAGAUCCUGCAGGAUCCCGAUGGACAGAUCUCAGCGGACGACAGCGAUGAGGAACAGGCUCUCGAGAGACUCCGACUGCCUGAGUACAGCGAGCGCUUCAAGGAGCUGAGGGGUCGUCUUCAGGCUCAGGACCAGACGGACCCGAGGAGCCUGGACUCGCUGGUGUCGGAUCUGACCCGGGACACACUGGGACACUGCGAGGAAGCGGAUCUGGCCCAGUACCGGCAGACUCUGCAGCACUGGGAGGCCGAGAGACACCAGCUCAUUCAGAGAGAGAGAGAGACGAAAGAGAAGAACCAGAAGGAGCGUCUGAACAAACAGCGGCUCGGUGCGGCCCAGUGAACCACAGCCAUUGUUUCUCAUGUUUAUUGUCUUUGGUCGGGUGGAUUGAGAUAAAGAUGUGUGUGUUAAUAUUAUUUGGAUUUUUUUUUUCAAUCUGAACAGAAUAAAUAAACUAAAAAUACUCUUA